AUGAUUUUCUCUUCGCUCAUUGCUUCCGUGGCCGUGCUCGGCAGUGGCGUCAACAGCUUUGCCAUCCGGCAGAACUCGCCUGCUUGGACAACGCUGCCGCCAACGCCGGAGCUGCCAGCGCCCAUCAGCACGACGACGACGCUGAUCAACGGCGUCCAGCUCUGGAUGCAAAAGUACAACGAGAAGGCCAACGCGAUCCCCAUUGUGAUGGACCACGGCGGUCUGGGCUACUCGGCAUACUUUGGGUCCGUCAUCUCGCGGCUCGUCGCCGACGGCUACUACGUCAUCGCCGUCGACCGCCGCGGCCACGGCCGCUCGACGUUCAACGCCGGCGACGUCUUCACCUUUGACCAGAUGGCCGUCGACAUCCACGACCAGCUCGCGCACGCCGGCGUCCCGCAGUACGACGUCGUCGGCUGGUCGGACGGCGCCAUGACGACGCUCGCGGCGCUCAUCAACCCCGUGACGGCGGCGCCCAUCCGCAAGGCGUUUCGUCUUCGGGGGCGCCCCCAACCCCGAGGGCACCAACGCCACGUUCAGCGACACGGCCAUCUUUGCCGAGUUUGUGGCGCGCUGCCGCACCGAGUCGGCACCAUGGAGGCCACGCUGCCGCAGUUCACCGACAAGCAGCUCGGCACCAUUGACGGACGCCGCGUCAUCAUCGUCGGCGCCGAGCACGAGGAGGCCAUCAACCUCGACACGCCGGCCCAGCUGCACAAGGCCAUCAAGGGCAGCAAGCUGCAGAUCCUCAAGGGCGUCAGCCACUUUGCGCCCAUGCAGGACCCUGUGCAGUUCACCAAGGCUGUUGAGGACUUCCUUUGCAAGGCGUAG